AGCAAAGACCAGCUGAGAAAGCUGAAACUCAGCAGUCCAACAGUCAAAACACUCAGGAUACUGGUACACGGACCUGUGGGGGCAGGCAAGUCGACCUUCACCAACUCCAUCGACAGCAUCUUCCAGAAUCGCAUGAAGUCGGCAGCAGCUGCAGAUGUGGGCACUGACUGCACUUUCACCAAAUCAUUUCAGGUACUCCACAUCAACGAUGAACAGUACGAGUCUUUCCUGCCAUUUGACCUGUGUGACACAAUGGGUCUGGAAAAUGAGCCAGAGAAAGGGGUGGCGGCAGAGGACCUGGUCAAGGUCUUAAAGGGGCACAUAAGAGAUGGAUACAAGUUCAACCCUAUUAGACCCUGUUGUGAUCAGGAUCGUGAGUACAACAGCAGUCCCACACUGGCUGAUCGCAUUCACUGCAUGGUCUGUGUCAUACCAGCCAAUCAUAUCAGCAUGAUGGAGGAUGAUGUCAUUAGAAAGCUGAGGAAUGUUCGAGCGAAAGCCGCAGACAUGAGGAUUCCUCAAGUGGUGGUCCUCACGAACAUUGACAAAGCAUGUCCUGAGGUGGCAAAUGACAUCAAGCUCGUCUACCAGAGCAAGAUAAUCAAGAAGAAGAUGGAGGUGUGCAGUAAUCGUCUGGGUGUCCCCAUGAACUGCAUCUUCCCGGUGAAGAACUACCAUGAAGAGAUCAACUUGAAGAAUGACAUUGACGUGCUGCUGCUCUCUGCAAUGAAUUUCAUCCUGCACUUCGCCAAUGACCACCUGGCAGUGGCAGCUAAGGCCGGGGGCGAUACUGGAUUAGCCAGGGACUUAUCCAGCAUGAAUUUUAGUAAUGAUGACACAGGGCAUGGAGACAACAUCUCCAAACCACAAUCUGGUUUCUACCCUACUAUUCCCCGUUCAUGAAAUAAUCAAAUAUCCAUUCUGGAGAAAAAAAGAAAAAAAAUCUGAUUGAUUCAGUAUUUUUAUUUCAUUUCAGCAGUGUGUUGAUUGCACUCCCAUUUUCUGUGAAAAGCUCAAGAGUUAUAAAGAGUUAAAAUGUAAUGACUACUGUCCAUCAAAGCUGUGAAGUAGUCAUUGCACCUCACUGCACAUAAUAUUUUGUAUGUUGUUUUGAUUUUUGUUUAUCAAUGUUUUUUGAUUAUCAAAAUUGUCUAUCUACUUAGUAUAAUAAAGCCACAGAACACACACAAUUACUGAACUUAAAUAUCCAUCUAUAACUUUAUUUAUGAAUUAGGAUGUUUGUUUUUGUCCACUGUCUUUAGUAGGACCAAUAUCAUUCAUAGUUCCUUACACUUGCAUUGUUUAUUGCUCACAGCAUUUCAGUUUUUCAGUCUUUCUGAGAUUGCAUAUACAAAUACCACAGCAAAUCUGUGAACAGCCCAGUGAUCAGCUGCUGUUCCUGUUCCUGUUGGUGUCAUUUGCCUUGGUCGAUGUUGGUAUCAUUUACUAGUUUUGCCUCAUAAUAAAUGAGAUGCAAAUAAAACACCUAAUUAAUUAUUAUGAAUUAAUAAAGUAUUAAUAGUG